AUGGCUCGUGAAGGCACCCGCUCGCAAACCGGCCACUCCAAGCCGCGCAUCUUCGAGACAGUAGACACUGCGCCCGUCACCCAGCGCAAGAAGACUACCACCAAACCAGCUGUCAAGAAGGCUCCUGCCGCGCCUGCUGUCAAGGGAGCCAAGCCCACCGGUGUCACAAAGAAGAAGACAGCCCCUAAGAAGGACGGCCCUGUUGCCAAGGCUAAGACUGCUGUGAACAAGGUCGAGAAGAAGGUUGAGGAGGUUGUGAAGCCAAAGAAGGCCACCACUACCAAGACGGCCAAGCCCAAGACUGUCGCCAAGUGA